AUGCCGCGCCAAAUUGGGUCACCGAGCGAUGCGCAAACACUGGGACGGUGCGAAGAGCUUGCAGAGGACCCAGGCAGAGGGGACGAGGAGAAGGACUCCUUCGUGCCACGGGUCCGUGGUGUGGGAACUAAGGAAAGGGAUUUGCCGUGCUGUUCGGCCGGAUUUGUUUGCUGCUUUGUCAUGACUCGUGGCUGCAUUCUAUACCUUGUCUUCUUGCGGUGGGCUUUAUCCAGUUGCUUCUUUGAUUUAUUUGAGAUUUUACGGCGCAGUAAGAUUUUGUGGAAUCGUGGUGACAGGUUCUCUCUCAUGUCGAGGUCGGCGGUUCGUCCGUCCGUUUCGAAGGGGACGGUGUGGAGUGCGAGUUUCAUGUCUGUGUUCGACAUAAAGCCUCUCGCAGAAAGAGAGUGCGGGAGCCAUGUAGAGUUGGAGGAGUCGGUGUCGGAGUCUGAGUAG